AUGGGUAAAUCAAAGGUAUAUGUGAUUGGUGUCGGAAUGACAAAGUUCUGUAAACCAGGAUCACGUGAUUGGGAUUACCCAGACAUGGUGAAAGAAGCCGUGAACAUGGCACUGGACGACUGUUCGCUGAAGUACACAGAUAUUCAACAAGCUACCGUCGGAUAUUUAUUUGGAGGCACUUGCUGCGGCCAAAGGGCUCUUUAUGAACUCGGAUUCACUGGCAUACCUAUUUUCAAUGUAAACAAUGCCUGCGCUUCUGGCUCUUCUGGGCUCUACUUGUGUAAGCAAAUCAUCGAAAGUGGUAGGUACUUGAUGCGAACUACGCUGAACCCUAAUAUUUUCGAGAAUUGGGACGUUGGUAACUCUGACGUUGUGCUUGCAUGUGGAUUCGAAAAGAUGGCCACGGGAUCACUGGACACUCAAGCUGGCAACUCUGAUGGUCGGGCUCUGUCUGUGGAUAAUCAUAUCCAGGUCAUGUCGGAUACGUACGGCCUCUUCCCUGCUCCAAUCACAGCUCAAAUGUUUGCAAACGCUGGCAAAGAACAUAUGGAGAAGUAU